UUAUUUCUUUCAGAUGCAGAGACGUGGUUUAAUAUGAAGGAGAUGAGUGCAAAUCUGAAAAUGAUCUCAUGGAAAGACCUUUUUCAAUAUAGUGAAUACAGGGCUGUUGUUGCUAAGCACAAAAGAAGCCACAUUGGAGAGGAACACUGUGAAUGGAAUACACACAAAAAAGCUUUAAGAAAGAGUUCCAGUGUUGCUAAAGAUAAGAAUAUACUUCCUGAAGAGAAAACACCUGAGUGUCAUGAAUGUGAUAAAGCUUUUCUUGUACUCUCUUCCCUUGCCAAGCAUCAGAGGAUCCAUGCAGGAGAGAAACGUUAUGAAUGUAAGAAACAUGGAAAGGCUUUGAGAGAGCAAUCUACUCCUGCUAAACCUGAGAAAAUUCACACAGAAAAACAAUCUUACAUAUGUAAUCAAUGUGGAAAGAGUUUCAGAUGCAACUCUAAACUUGCUCUACAUCAGAGAAUCCACACUGGAGAGAAGCCUUAUGAAUGUAAUGAAUGUGGAAAGACUUUCAUAGAUCGCUCCCAUCUUACUAAACAUCAAAGAAUCCACACUGGAGAGAAGCCUUAUGAAUGUAAUGACUGUGGAAAGGCUUUCUUCAUGCGUUCCCAUCUUGUUGUCCAUCAGAGAAUCCACACAGGAGAGAAGCCUUAUGAAUGUAACGAAUGCGGAAAGGUUUUCAUAGAUCGUUCCAGUCUUGCUAAACAUCAGAGAAUCCACACUGGAGAGAAGCCUUAUGAAUGUAAUGAAUGUGGAAAGACUUUCAUAACAUGCUCCUCCCUUGAUGUACAUCAGAGAAUCCACACUGGAGAGAAGCCUUAUGAAUGCAAUGACUGUGGGAAGGCUUUUACACAACGCUCCCAUGUUGCUAUCCAUCAGAGAAUCCACACAGGAGAGAAGCCUUAUAAAUGUAAUAAAUGUGGAAAGGCUUUCAUAUAUCGCUCUCGUCUUGCUGUCCAUCAGAGAAUCCACACUGGAGAGAAGCCUUAUGAAUGUAAAGAAUGCGGAAAGACUUUCACACGGAGUGACAGUCUUCGUGAACAUCAGAGAAUCCACACUGGAGAGAAGCCUUAUAAAUGUAAUGACUGUGGAAAAGCUUUCACACUGCGCAACAGUCUUGGUAAACAUCAGAAAAUCCAUAUUGAACAACAUCCUCCUGAAUGUGGAAACCUUCAACAAAGUUCAAACCUUGCUUAACAGAGAGAGCACAUUAGAGAAAAACUUUUGAGUGUCUGGAUCAUGGUAAAGUUUUUAAUAUAUAUUAGUCCCUGACUAAACAUAGGAGAUCCCAUACUAGAUGUGAAACCUCAUUCAUAUAAUCCAUAU